AUGGGCGGAAAUUCACCCUGCGCCUCCUGCGAGCUCCUUCGUCGCCGACACGCCAAGGACUGCAUAUUCGCCCCCUACUUCCCCUCAGAUGACCCCCACAAGUUCGCCAUCGUUCACAAGGUCUUCGGUGCCACCAACAGCUGCAACACCACCACCGCCACCUCUUGGGAGGGACUUCUGCUAGGGAAAAUGGAUUUCUCGAAGCAAAACGUGGACAACUUCGGAGAAGAUGGAGCCCACCAAUCGUCAUCAUCGUCGUCGUCGUCUUCCUCUUCAUCAAGAUCUUCGUCCGACAGUAAUGGCGGCGAGACCAGCAGCGCCGACAGUGGCAACAGUAGUGCAAGCAGAAGCAGCAGCCCCCACCCCUUUCCUCCAUUUCAUCACAGCCAUCAUCGAUAUGCAAGCCCUGUUCCUCACUACCAGCCUGCUACCCAUUAA